CCCACAAUGUUGACGCUACUUGUCCUGACAACUCUGGCCAGCCUGGCUGUCACCAGUCCUGUUCUCCCCUCCCAAACAUGGCCGCCGGCUUUCUGUAACAAACUGGAGUGUCCCAAAUACACCAUGGUCAAGUCUACUAAGGAUUAUGAGGAGCGUAUUUAUGAUGCAGCGAAGUGGACCAGUACUGUUGUAUCCGGCAUGGAGUAUAAUACUGCAGUGUCUGAGGGCUUCAUGAAACUCUUCUCCUACAUUGAAGGCAACAACAAGAAAAAGGUGACAAUCCCCAUGACAGCGCCUGUAGCGACCAAAGUGGAGCACGGACAGGGACCGUACUGUAAGACAAACUUCACCGUGUCGUUCUUCGUGCCGUUCGCUGACCAGGCCAGCCCACCCGAGCCGUCCACUUCUGAUGUCUUCACCAACCCUCUCCCACAGAUGACUGCCUUUGUCAAGUCCUUUGGUGGGUUUGCCAGUGAGACAGACUGGACUGAUACUGCCAAAGCCCUGGCCAAGAGUCUGGACAACGCCACAGUCAGCUAUCACAAGGACUUCUACUACACAGCCGGGUACAACAGUCCCUUCCAAUUGUUUGAUAGACACAAUGAAGUCUGGUUUAUCAAGAAAGACUAAGGAGAUUAACAACUAUUGUGUUUAUGGUGUGUAUAUAUCAUGCUUAAAGCAUAAUGACACCCUUGUAUCAUGUGUGGAUUGACAGAGCAGGCUUCUUGUUUUGUUUACUAGUAGUGGCUCAGAGUCAGGACAAUUGCAAGUUUUGUUUAUUUAUUACCACUGACAAAACGCAGGCUUGUAGGCAGUGCAGCUGGCUUCAAAUAUGAACAGAAUCAUAUAGUACAAACUGGAAUUUUUCAAACAAUGUCUGCUUUAAUUAAGAACCCAAUGUUUGGCAUUAAGUCAUGAUCAUCAUGAGAAAUCUUUUAUUUCCCAAUGAAGGCUUUUGACUAUACUACAACAUACUAGUACAAAUGUAUUUCAUAACACAGACUUUUGUACUGAGGAACAGAUGUAUAUGAUAUUUUCUUUUGUAUUAUAAUGAUUACACCUUUCUUUUGUUGGAAUGCAAACUAGCUAGACCCCUGAGCACAUGUAAUGGAGAAAUGGGGAUGAAAAUAAAGAUUUGUGAUAUCUUACAAUGA